ACAUUUGCUCAUAUUUGGGACUGUUUUCGGUCAGCACUUCCGGAAAAGCACUUUUUGGUUUGUAUUUAUUUAUUUUUGUGUGUGUAUUUGUACAACGAAAUCUUUUGGUGGAGUUUUGUGUUUUUGCAACAUCAAUCAAGUGGACGGCUACUAAAAUUGUGGAUUUCAUUUUGGUUGAAACCUUUUCACUUUUGUACUUGUAGUUAAGGGAGCGACUUCAGUCCUUUGAGCAGAGUUUUUUUUUUGUUUUUUUUUUUGGGGGGGGGGGCCACGUAUCUUCAGUACCGCACCGCAACAGUUAUGACGUCCGCGUCGGUUUCAACCUCGCCGAUGGCGACAAACAACGGAUACAGUGAAGCAUGCUGAGCCGCUUAUCCUCACAAGGAGCCCAUCCCAGCUGUCAUCGAGCAGGAGGCGGGGUACACGUCGUAGUGCGCACACUGACGGACAAUUUACGGUUUGGAAUGUGAGAGGAAAAGGGAGCAAACGGGGAGAAGGUGCAAAGUCCACACAGGCGGGGCCGGGAUUUGAACCGCGGUUCUCCAAAGUGUGAGGCAGAAGCUCUCCCGUGGCGCCACAGUCAAGAAACACCAUCCCUAAACAAAAAGCCUCGGGUAAAUAGUACGUGCGUUGAAAGGCGUGCCCCCGAGCCCGGUAAAAUUGGUCUAGAACCGCCACAGGGACUCCCGACUCCUGUCUCCUGUCAAUGACUCCUCGAAGGCAAGAAGAAUUUUUUUGGGGGGGGUAAAAGAGGAACUAGUAGCCUCGUCCUCGAUGGCGUUUGGGCGGGGUCACAUGACUCCUCGGCCCCGCCCCUACCUCCGCCGGUUUAUAAACCCCACAAGGACGCACACACGCGGGAAAAUGCCUGCGCUCGUCACCGUGCGUGCGCGCGCACCCGCGCGGCGGCGGCUGCUGCUGCUGCUGCUGCUGACGAUGACGAUGACGAUGGUCGCGGCUUCCGGCACCGGAACCCGGACCGGGCGCGCGACCGUCGAGCCCGCCGAGGAGCACCCGAACCACCACGGCGGCGGGUUCCGGGUGGUCCAGUGGGAGUGGAGCUACGUGCAGACCCCUUACGUCAUCGCCGUGUGGCUCCUGGUGGCCAGCGUGGCCAAAAUCGUGUUCCACUUUUCGCAGCGUUUCACCACGGUGGUUCCCGAGAGCUGCCUGUUGAUCCUGUUGGGUCUGGUCCUGGGCGGCCUGGUCCUGCUGGCCAACGAGAAGCAGCUGUACCAGCUGGAGCCCGCCCUCUUCUUCCUGUUCCUGCUGCCCACCAUCGUGGGCGACGCCGGCUACUUCAUGCCCGCCCGCCUCUUCUUCGACAACCUGGGCGCCAUCCUCACGUACGCCGUGGCCGGAACGCUCUGGAACGCCUUCUGCACGGGAUUCGGACUGCACGCCGCACACGCGAUGGGACUCAUCGACGGGCGAGUGCAGGCCGGCCUGAUGGACUUCCUGCUGUUCGGAGCCUUGAUAUCGGCCGUGGACCCGGUGGCCGUGUUGGCCGUCUUCGAGGAAGUCCACGUCAACGACACGCUCUUCAUCAUCGUCUUCGGAGAAUCGCUGCUCAACGACGCCGUCACCGUGGUGCUGUAUAAAGUUUAUAUUUCCUUUGUGGAAGUCGGAGUGGAGAACGUGCGGACGGCGGAUUACUUCAAAGGAAUCGCGUCCUUCCUGGUGGUCAGCGUCGGGGGGACCUUCGUGGGUCUGGUCUUCGCGGUCCUCCUCAGCUUCAUCACACGCUUCACCAAAAAGGUUCGAAUCAUCGAGCCGCUCUUCGUCUUCCUGCUGGUCUACCUCGCCUACCUCACCGCCGAGCUCUUCUCCCUGUCCGCCAUCUUGUCAAUGACCUUCUGCGGCAUCGGAGCCAACAAGUACGUGGAGGCCAACAUCUCGCAGAAGUCCCGGACCACCGUCAAGUACACCAUGAAGACCCUGGCCAGCAUCGCCGAGACCCUCAUCUUCAUCUUCCUCGGCAUCUCCGCCGUGGACAAGUCCAAGUGGGCCUGGGACACGGGCCUGGUGGCCUGCACCCUCGUCUUCAUCUUCGUCUUCAGGGCCGCGGGCGUGGUAGGGCAGACCUGGGUCCUGAACCGGUUCCGUCUGGUCCCGCUGGAGAAGAUCGACCAGGUGGUGAUGUCGUACGGCGGCCUGCGCGGGGCGGUGGCUUUCGCUCUGGUGGUCCUGCUGGACAGUGAGCGCGUCAAGGCCAAGGACUACUUUGUGGCCACCACCAUCGUGGUGGUCUUCUUCACGGUCAUGUUUCAGGGUUUGACCAUCAAGCCGCUGGUCAAGUGGCUGAAAGUUCCUCGCUCCACCAGCAGGAAGCCGACCAUCAACGAGGAAAUUCACGAGAGGGCGUUCGACCACAUCCUGACGGCGGUGGAGGACAUCGCCGGCCUUCAGGGCUACCACCACUGGAGGGACAAGUGGGAGCAGUUUGACAAGAACCACCUGAGCAAGCUUCUGCUGAGGAAGUCGGUGUACCGGAAGAGCGAGCUGUGGGAGGCGUACCAGAAGAUGAACAUCCGAGACGCCAUCAGCGUCAUCGACCGGGGGGGGAACGUCCAGACGUCGGCCAGGCUCUCGCUGCCGUCGGUGACCAGCGGGGCCUCCUUUCCGGACGCUUCGGUCGCCAGCUACCUGCGCGAGAACGGCAGCGGCGUCUGUUUGGACCUUCAGGUCAUCGACAACGUUGCCGGUGCCAAAGUGGAGGAGGAGAUGGAGACUCAUCACUUCCUGGCACAAAACCUCUACAAACCCCGCAGACGAUACCAGUCGCACUACAGCCGUCACUUCAUGCCGGCGGGCGAGAAGGAGCGGCAGGAUCGAGAAGUUUUCCAGAGGAACAUGAAAAGCCGCAUGGAGACCUUCAAGUCGGGACGCCACAAGCGCCACAAGAAGGAGCGAAGCGUCAAGAAGCGCCGAGGCUCCGACUCCAAGGACGACGCCGGAGACGAGGCCAGGAGAAACCUCGGCCGGCGGCACAAAGAUCCCGAAGCGACCCCUCCGGCCUCGGAGGAGGGUCGAGAUCAAGGCCGGCGUUCGGAUCCGGAGAAGGAGGAGGACGACGUCGGUAUCACCUUCAUCGCCGCGAAAGCGGAAAGUCCCAAAAAACGGCCACACUCGGUGGCGGCGCCCCCCGGCGGCGAGGGUCACCUCCCGUGGAAAGGCGGCGGCGGCGGCGUGCCGUGGCCGCCCCCCUGCGUGUCCCUGGAGGCCACCAAGGUGAUCCCGGUGGACCUUCAGCAGGCCUGGAACCAAAGUAUCUCGUCCCUGGAGAGCGUCUCCUCGCCGCCGAGCAUCCCCGCCGAGCCCGUCCACCCUCGCGUCGGCGCCCUGUGCCGGCGCCAGGCCCCCCGUCCCGUCUCUUACGCCGCCCCCCUGCCGGACUCCUGCCGCGUCCCGCUUGAAAAGGAGGAAGAGGAAGAGGAGGAGGACGAGAUGAGGCCGCUCAUGCCGUCCCCGAGGCCGCCGGCGCCGCCCUCGCCGCGCCCCGUCCCCGGCCCCGCCUCGAGCGGGGGGAGGAAGCCCCGCGUGUACCUGAGGAGUUUGGUGACGGCGCCCCCGCACGGCCGUGGCCCCACUCAGCUUUGAGCUGCCCGGCCGACAGGAAGCGUGGCGACGCGCUUCCUGUCCGCGGCGCCUGCGCCGUCUCCAAAUAUUUCCUCCCUUCGUCAAACGGCGCAAUGUAGAUUCCAAAAAGCCGCAAAACGAAUAAAGACUCAACUGGAGCAGUCAAAAAGUCACCAGCGCAAUUGAGUGCAACCUUCUCGUGAUUGAUUUUUUUUUUUCAUUUCAAUUUUAACCAAAACUUUGUUUGUGCCUGUCCUCUUUCUUGCGUCAGAAGAGCUGCGAUUGCUUUUUUUUUUUUUGAGGGCGUUUUCAAAAGGUCGCAACUGGUGCACGAGGGAAGCGGCAUUCCGGUGGUCCGGGGUCAAAGGUCAACAAAGUACACGGCGAAACCAUCUCUGCCGCUCCUUCGCUCGUCACGGGAACCCGUCGGGCCAAAUCCGGAAGAAGGUUCUGCGUAUUCUGGUUCAUUUCGGACUGGCCCUCGGGUGGAAAAAUACGAAAAAGGAAAAUGUUGGGGUCAACUUAAACCCCAAACCGUAUCGAAGGACUUUUCGGCCUCAUAUAGGCACUCCCCGGAAAGUUCCGCAAUUCUGAAUCACAAAAGACCCGCGUCUAACCCUAACAACAUAAAAAGUAUGAAAGGGAGACAAAGAAUAAAACUACACGCACACGCGUUCACGGCAGGACUACUUUUGACUUGGACUCGAUUUCUCCAUCAACAUGUGGAGAAAAAUGAUUUGGAUUUUGUCACAAAGAAGGAGGGAUGAUUUUUCAGGCCUCCCCCGCAAGGCUCCUCUUGCGGUCUGCAUGUCCCAACGAGUCCACUCGGGUUUAUUUGCACCAUUUCAAGCGUGAUGCUGCGGAGGGUUGGACUCGAUUCCGAGUUCGGACCGCCGCCGAAGGGUCGAGCGGCUCGAGCGGGUCCGCUGCCGUCCCGCGACGGACUCAAUUUGCAAACAUCUCCACGCGCACUUUUCACCCACGACCGCGACAGACGCUCGCCCUCCGGUCGGGAAAAGAAGAAAGGGGAGCGCGACCGAGGGAUCGGGCGGCGACGCAGACGAGGGUGGUAGGGGUCACCCUCGUGAGCAUAAGCGGCUCAGAAAAGGGAUGGAUAGAUUCGAUCGUGGCUUAGUUGUGGAAUAAGUGCUGAAUUAUCGCAGCUGUAGUUCCACGCCGGGAGACGGGCCGAGAGCGCGAACCGGAGACGGGACGGAAGCCGCCGGAAAAAAGGGAGCAACCCGAGUCCAAGCCGAGGUCCCGACGGCGCGGGAACAGGACUCGUAUCGGGACCCGCAUCCUGAAAAAGGGCAGAGGUGCGGCGCCGACCGCCCUUAUGGUGAAAAGCCUCCUCGACCAAACAAACCAAACGAAUCCGAAAAUUUGCGACUGUGGGCUCUUGUUCCCAAAAGCUUCCGGAAGAAAUCCGCGCUGAAGCCUUUGAAUCUGAAGAGCUUCCGCGACAAAAGCUCCAAAAGCUCCAAAAGCUCCAAAAGCCUCCGGGACCAAUUCAGGCUGAUCGCUCUUAUUUUGAAAGCUAACCCUAACCGAAGGCGCUCAGGGCACUGACUCUUUAUUUUGGAAACGGCUCAGCGGCCACUUCCAUUUCCAAGGGCUCAAAGGACUCGUUUUUUUGUCCAAAAUUGCAAUCCCCGAGACUCUUAUUGUGAAAAUUGCUCCCACCACUUAUAGGCGAAAAUGGACACGAUGAGGACUUUUGUUCUGAAAGGCUCGCAAAAGAAAUCCCCACUGAGGGUUCCUCUUCUCCUGAAGGCUGUGCUCAAGGCGACUCUUAUUUUGAAGGAAGUUCAGCACGUGACUCGGCGGCCAGGUGCACCCGAGACGGCGACCGUGCGGGGCCCUACCGGACUCCGGCCUCCUUCCGGUCCAGCUUCGGCGGGACGCUGCUGCGCUCCGGAGUCAUCGCCUUGCCUGGUAAGCGGGUGUUAGCGUUAGCGGUGCCGCAGGGCCUCUUUCCGCUCCCCCGGGCUGCAGUUCUUCUCCGAGUCAGCGUUUCCCCGGCGCGUUUCGACGGGUUUGGAUCGUCCCAAACGUCUUGCGUUUAAGGUUUAUAUGGAGGCCACCUCAGUGCAGCGGAAAUGUUUUUGUAACCUGACCUUGUCACUAUUGACCCCUCCGCACAGGCCACUUAACCACGCCUCCUGAAGUGACGUCACGCCACGUGCGCUGACCUCAGACAAACAAUUAGCAAAAAUAUCGGCGCAGCAAGAAAAGACUAGAGCCAAAGUGUCCGAUUUACCGGCUGAUUUCUCACUCGCAUUCUUAGCUAACAGUGAAAUAUCGUUGAAAAGCAGACAGCGGGGCUUCAAGUAUUUCAGCGAGCGCUAUUUCAAUGGCAUCUACAUGCCUAUCGACGGAGAAACCGUUCGAUAUUAGCGCGAGUCAGAGGAAGACCGAGAAGCCACAUAAUAUGAUAUAUUAUAACCCAAAGACGAAGUCACGAAAAAACACAUAAACUCACCACAGAUCAAGCGUGUCAAUUGUUCACACGCAGCAGUGUUAUGCUAGCGGAGAACGUCUCAUUCAUUUAUACGAGACGUGUGUUGUGUUCCGGUUGAUUUUUAGAUGGAUUCAGUUGACCAUGCGGUCUUCCACAAAGUUUGAUCCAUCGAAGGCAUUUUUCGGACCGGGUCUUCGGUUUUGGAAAGGGUACGAAUCGAAGUCCCACCGACUCGCCUUUCGGGAUACCCGUCGUCACGAUUGCAAAGUCCGUGACCACGCCUCUUGACCAUAUUUUUUGUUAAAUAACCCAAAUACGCCAACGGAAGCUAUAGUGGACCACGCAAUGUUGUCUGAGGGAACUGCGGGUGGGAAAAAGGGGUGUGGUUUAUGCAGAUCUCUGGCCCGCAAAAAGUGGGCGCACGUGUGCCCAGAGGCGCGCCUGAAGGAGAUGCUGUCCAUGGGGGUGGGCAGCAGGCCUCACUUGGACAUCCGACCCAGCGCCGCCGCCGCCAUCAGCGACCGAGCCGUCCGCUACGUCGCCGGGCCCUUCGCUCGCCAUUGAGCAUUUGGAAUGGAAAGCAAGACGUCGUUCCCCGAAAAUCUGCAGACUCUGCGUAUACGUAAAUCUCGUUGCAUCUGUGACAGUCUGAACGUAAUCCCAAACUUUCUUCUUUCAAUUUGAACCCAUUUUGAGAUAUUCCUCGGAAGGCUUUUUGUCGCUAUUGGCUUCCAGGCGCCGGGACUCGAGCGUCCAUCGCCGCGUCGGCCUCCGAUCGCGCGAGGCGGCGACCUCCGUCGUCCAGCUUGUUGGGGUCCCUCGACCUGCACGUGUUCCGCCGCCUUCGCCACGCCGCCUUGCGUUGAGGAAGAUCAGCAAGCGUACGAGACCGCCAGCCAGCUUUCUACGAGUACCUUGGAAAAACCACAUUGACACAAGGAACUAAAGGGAAGUAGAGCCGUGCCCAACUUCCUGUUUGACGCAACCACACGCGCAAAAAGUCGAAAAGUACUUCAUGAGAAGUUGACAUGAAAAUGGACAGUACAUCCGACCUUCUCUCGUGUCGUCCGGCAGCCACGGAAAGUUCCGGCUCAUCGUCUCGUCGCCUCUCGGGGUCCACCGGCUCCGCCUCGUCCUCGCGCUCCUCCCGGAAGCCCGGGAGUGGUCACGCCCACGUACGCUUCCCGUUCGGGUGACAUCACUUCCUGAAGGGGGCCGCCCGUCCUCGGUGGGGGGGGGGGGCGCCAUCGUCGGCCCGGCGACACCCACCUGACCGUCGUCGAUCGAUGCCUGCGGUUGCCGUGACAACCUGACUGUUCAAAAAGCUGCUCUUUCACACGCUUUUGUUUGCGCGCGUGCAUCUGCUGCCACUUUUCUUAAAAAACAAAACAAGGACUGA